CCCUCUCGGCCCGCCCUCUCUCCUCCCUGCGCACCGGGCUCCCGGUCCCCGGCCCGGAGGCUGCGGCUUCUGCUCGGGAGGCGGCGGCGGCGGCGGGAGCAGCCAUGGAGGCAGGCAGCGGGGCCGGCGCGGGAGCCGCGGGCUGGAGCUGCCCUGGCCCAGGACCCACAGUAACCACUUUAGGCUCCUAUGAGGUAUCUGAGGGUUGUGAGAGGAAGAAAGGCCAACGCUGGGGGUCCCUGGAGCGCCGUGGGAUGCAAGCUAUGGACGGGGAGGUGUUACUUCCAGCUCUAUAUGAGGAAGAGGAAGAGGAGGAAGAAGAAGAGGUCGAAGAAGAAGAGCAAGUAGAGAAAGGAGGCAGUUUGGGCUCCCUAUCAAUGGGCAAGCAUCGGGGCCUGAGCCUGACAGAGACAGAGCUGGAGGAGCUGAGGGCCCAGGUGCUGCAGCUGGUGGCAGAGCUGGAGGAGACCCGUGAGCUUGCUGGGCAGCAUGAAGAUGACUCCCUGGAGCUUCAGGGGCUCCUGGAGGAUGAGCGGCUGGCCAGUGCCCAGCAAGCAGAAGUAUUCACCAAGCAGAUUCAGCAGCUCCAAGGUGAGCUGCAACAUCUACGGGAGGAGAUUUCCCUGUUAGAGCAUGAGAAGGAAAGUGAACUUAAAGAAAUGGAGCAGGAGUUGCAUUUGGCCCAAGCAGAGAUCCAGAAUCUACGGCAAGCUGCGGCAGACUCUGCCACUGAACAUGAGAGUGACAUAGCAUCCUUGCAGGAUGAUCUCUGCCGGUUGCAGAAUGAUCUCGAUGACAUGGAACGCAUUCGAGGGGAUUAUGAGAUGGAGAUCGCCUCGCUCCGUGCAGAAAUGGAAUUGAAGACUUCUGAACCAUCUAAUUUAAGCAUCUCCGACUUCUCUGGGAUACAAGAUGAACUACACCAUCUUCGAGAGCGCUACAACUUACUGAAUGAGGAGUAUCAGGCCUUGCGGGAGAGCAACAGCAGCCUCACAGGGCAGCUUGCUGAGCUGGAGAGCGAUAGGACACGGAGAGCAACAGAGCGAUGGUUGGAAUCUCACCUGCUACGGAGUACGAUGUCCUCCGAGUCUCAGACUUCAGAACUGGAUUUCCCAGAGCCGGACCCUGUGAUGCAGCUUUUGCGCCAGCAGCUGCUGGGAGCUGAGGAACAGAUGCAGGACAUGCAGGACAAGUGUAAGAACUUGUACUGUGAAUUGGAAGAGCUACAGCAUCACCGCAGAGCCAGCGAGGAGGAGCAGAAGCGGCUGCAGAGGGAGCUCAAGUGUGCCCAGAAUGAGGUGCUCCGGUUUCAGACCUCCCACAGCACCCAGCAUGAGGAACUGAAGAGCAGGCUCUGUACCCUGCAGCAAAAGUAUGAUGCUAGCCAGGAUGAACACAGUGAGCUUCUGAAGGUGCAGAUGCAGCUCGAGACUGAGCUCCAGCAGCUCAGACUCCUCAGAUGCACUCCUGUAGAGAGCCAGAGUGAAAAGGAGUUGAUGUGCCGGCUCCAGAAGCUGCAGGCCCAGCACCAGUGCAGUGUGAAUGAGAAAGAGCAGCUUCUAGAAGUCCAGCAUCACCUGCACGACAAGCUGCGGUGCCAUGAGUCAGAGGUGCAUCGGCUCCGAAGCAUGGUGGACUGCUUGCGAGAGAAAAAUGAGAAGAAUUCAGGGAUACACCUCCAGCUUCAGGAGAUGAAGGGAUUGUAUCAGUUCAGCAGGGAUGAGCUGGAGCGCCAGAAGCACAUGUAUGACCAGUUGGAGCAGGACUUCCUGCUCUGCCAGCAGGAGCUGACAGAGCUCAAGUCCAGCCAGUCCCUCUGUGAAGAAAAUGGAAACUGCUCAAACAAGUGUGAUGCACUGCUGGCCAGACUGACAGAAUUGCAGGACAAGUUCAAAGCCAGCCAGGAGGAGAUUGGGCGCCUGCAGAUGGAACAGUGUGAGCUCCUGGAGGACCAGAAGAGGCUGCAGGAGGAGCAGGGCCAGCUGCAGGAAGAGCUGCACAGGCUCACAUUCCCACAGCCCAAAUGUGGCAUCUUGCAGAAGAGUCAGGAGCUGCUUUCAAAGCUGCAAGACCUGUGUGAAAUGCAGCUGCUCUACCAAAACAUGCAGGAGCAACAGAGAAAGCUGACACAAAACCAAGAGUGUGUACUGAAGGAGCAGCUAGAGGCACACAAGCAUCUUCGAGGUUUCAAAGAGUCUAAUUUCCAGGAAGUGUUGGCGAACCCUCAAGAUGCUAAAGGGCCUAAGUCCUCCAGUUGUGAGAAUAAGUUCAAGGUGCUUAUGGACCAGCUGCAGGCUCUGCAGGUGCUAUAUGACACCAGUCAGAAACAGCAGGAGGUACUGCAGCGGGAGCAUGGGCGGCUCAUGGAGGAGCGGAAGAGGCUGCAGGCUGAGCUACAGCUCUGCAUGGAAGAAAUGCAGCUGCUCCAAACUCAGUCCCCCAUGAUAAAAAGGAGUUUUGAGUACUGCGGGAAGAACUCAGGCAGCAGGGCCCCCAGCACUGAGAACUUCCACAGGAGUUACGAGAGUUCCAUUGAUGAAAAUGAGGGCUAUCAGAAGAGUUACGUGAGCUCCCAGCCCAGCACUGAAACCUUCCUCAAGAGCUACGACAGUAGCACCAGUGCCAGUGAGGCCUUUGAGAAGAGUUACUGCUCCAGCAGCACAAGCGUGAGCUAUAAGAGGAGUUAUGGCUCUGUCAGUAGUGGUGAGACCCUUCACAGGAGCUAUGCCAGCAGCAGUACUGAUGAGGACCCAGCUGAGCCUGAAGACUUGGAGCACUUUGAGGAAACAGUGGCCAAGGUGCUGACCAAGUUGCAGGCAGUGAAGGCCCUGUACCAAGUGAGCCAGGAAGAGCACUGCCAGCUGCAGCAACGGAUGCACAGGCUGCUGGCCAAGCAGAAGGAGCUCACGGAGGAGCUGCAGUGCUGCGAGAAGGAGCUGAGGGAGUGCAUGGAGAGCCUGGGGAAGCCGUUGCCUCCCCAGAGUGACAAGUGCGAGAUCAAAGAACUGCAAACUAAGCUGCGGGAGCUGCAGCUGCAGUACCAGGCUAGCAUGGAUGAGCAGGGGCGGCUUCUGGCCGUGCAGGAGCAGCUGGAGGGGCAGCUGCAGUGCUGCCAGGAAGAACUCCGCCAGCUCAAAGAAAACCGGCCCUCUAUUAGCUCAGAAGUCAGGGGCAAGAAUGUCAAUAAGAAUAUGAACAAGAAUGCCAAUGGAGUUAGAAAUAAGAAGCUGAGCAAGGUGUGCUCAGAGGAUUUGGAGAAUGGCUUUGAGAAUGAGAAGAAUCUGGAGGUGAUGCUAUACUACAAGGCCAGCCAGAGGAGAUUAGAUGAGCUAAUGAAAGAAGAAAAAGAGAUUGAAGAGGCAAGAAAGAAAGAAAGAGAGAAAAAAGCCAAGAAAGAAUUGUGUAAACUAGCUACUAAUCCAGCAGCAGAUCCUAGGGCAGAGCCUGAGCCGACAGAAGAUGAAGAGGAAAACUUUGAAGAGUACAGAGAAGGGGAGGAUGAAUCUUGUGAGGCUGCUGAGGAAGGCAACCCCCUUAAGCUUUCUGAGAGCAAAAAGAACAUGUUUGGGAUGUGGAAGCCUAUGGUAUUCUUGGCCAUUGCAGCAGUAGCUCUGUAUGUGUUACCCAAUAUGCGACCGCAGGAAUCAGAAUACUACAUGAAGUGAUGGCAGACCUGGACCAGCCCAGAGGGCAGAUCCCCAGAGGCUACCACCCUCACCUUUGGGCAGAAUACACUGUGCCAGAGCCCCCAACCCACCUAUGUUUCUCCAUCUCCUUUGCCUCAGCCACUCAGACUGGAAAGGCUUAUGGGAGUUGCUGGCUCUCAACCUCCUGCCUUGUGUAAGAACCUGGGUUCCUUGUAAUUAAAUGUCAGCCUAAUUA